UUCAAUUAAAACAAAAUUCCUAAAAAGAUCAGAUUAUCCUUGCGUAGCUUACCAACAAAAAAGAUUAUCCUUGCGUAUGGAAGGGCAAAUCAGAUUAAAUUGUUCGAGAUUCUUCCGAGAGAGAGAAGCGACUGCGUAAUCUCUAAAUCGAAAGAUCGGUGAAAAAUAUCGCUUCAGCCGUCGUGAUGCUUCGAAGCAGAUGGAUCAAGUUUUCUCUCAUCUCGCUACCGAUUUCCCUCGAGCUCACUUUUUAAGGGUAGAAGCUGAGGAGAAUCAUGAGAUAUCUGAGGCUUACGCUGUCACUGCUGUGCCGUAUUUUGUUCAAAAGCAUUCGUCUGAUAUCCGAGACACCGGAUCUAACAAGGAUAUGGUCGUUUUGGUCUCUGAUGGUGUUUCCGACUACUCUAAUAAGCUUCUAAAGGCUGAUGGAUGGAAAGUAGAGAAGAUUACUUUACUGGCAAAUCCAAACCAAGUUCAUCCCAAUAGAUUCUGGGGUUAUCUCGAUGCUGAUACCAUCGUGGUAAAGAACAUUAAGGAUCUGUUUAAUUGCUCCAAGUUUUGCGCUAACUUGAAGCACUCUGAGAGGCUCAACUCUGGAGUCAUGGUCGUUGAACUCUCUGAAGCUUUAUUCAAUGACAUGAUGAAGCAAGUGAAGACCUUGUCGUCUUAUACCGGUGGAGAUCAAGGGUUCUUGAAUUCGUAUUAUCCAGAUUUCCCGAAUGAUCGUGUUUUCGAUCCUACUUUGUCCCCUGAAGUCAUAAAAACAAGACCGGUUCCUAAAAUGGAGAGGCUCUCUACGCUGUACAAUGCAGAUGUUGGUCUUUAUAUGCUUGCUAACAAGUGGAUGGUCGAUGACAGCAAACUUCACAUUAUUCAUUACACUCUGGGCCCUCUUAAGCCUUGGGACUGGUGGACAGCAUGGCUCGUGAAACCUGUUGAUGCGUGGCAUAGCAUUAGGGUGGGGCUUGAGGAGACUCUGCCUGGAACUGGAGGUGGAAGAUCCCCAAAUGAUGAAUUCGUUGUCAAGUUCCUUUUUUUGUUACCACUCUGUGGGCUUUUGUUCUGCCUUUACCGUUCCAUACAGGGACGUGACUUCUUGGGUUCAUCGUGCAGGAGCUCUGUAUGCAAUCAGAUCAGACAUCUUUAUUACAAAGUCAGAUCUAAUGGAACUCUUGGCUAUAGUGGUGUAUCUACCAUGAAUUCCAACUAUCAACUCCACACUGGUUCGCACGCUAAGGCUCCUCAGUAUUUGGGGGCUGUUUCAGUUGUUGUCUGUUUUGUGGCCGUUUUGACAUCCAUUGGAGUUUCCUUUAUGAUUGUGCCAAGGCAAAUCAUGCCAUGGACUGGCUUGAUUUUGAUAUAUGAAUGGACAUUUACAAUCUUCUUCCUUUUAUAUGGUGGCUUUAUACUUCUGGUACACAUGAAUAUGUUUUUCGUUGUUAUCACUAACAUGUUUGACAAACCAGCAGGUCAUCAGCGGGGAGAUGCGUCGUGUGACUUUACUACAUGGUAUUAUGGAUUAGCGAUGGCGUUUUUGGCUUUUGCUGCCAUUUCUUUGCCCUACAUUUUUAGGGGUCACCGCUUUAUUUUUGAGGAUGGCAAAACUGUGCAUACACUUGAGGCGGCAGAUCCAUCGAGUUUAGCCAACAAGGUUGACAAAAUCGCCGGUUCAACUACCUCUUCUGAGUCUGCUGUUCCUGCAAGCCUAGGGUUAGCUGCAGAGCCAACGAUUCUCGAAACCGUGAAGGAGAAUGCAAAAGCCACCGCGAAAGACCGAGCUCAGCCUGUCUCCACCACCACGGAUGCUCUCAAAACCCGUUUGGAAAAGCUCACCAACUCUCACCCUGUCAUGUUGUUCAUGAAAGGUACACCUGAAGAGCCUAGGUGCGGGUUUAGCCGGAAAGUAGUCGACAUUUUGAAAGAGGAGAAGGUUGAUUUCGGGAGCUUCGAUAUACUCUCUGACAACGAAGUGAGAGAAGGUUUGAAGAAAUUCUCAAACUGGCCAACGUUUCCUCAGCUCUACUGCAAUGGAGAGCUUCUUGGUGGGUCUGAUAUCGCGAUAGCGAUGCACGGGAGUGGUGAGCUGAAAGAAGCAUUCAUCGAUAUGGGAAUCGUCACUACGGUUGGUUCAAAAGAAAGUCAAGAUGAAGCUGUAAAAGGAUGAGGGAUAACUUCAGGCAACACAGGGCUAAGCGAGACCCUCCAACCUUGUCAAUUCCAAUCCAGUGAUGCUGUUCAUUAAAGGAAAACCAGAAGAACCAAAGUGUGGGUUUAGCGGGAAAGUAGUUGAGAUUCUGAACCAAGAAAAGAUUGAGUUUGGGAGUUUCGAUAUACUCUUGGAUGACAAAUUCGUCAAGGGCUCAAAGUGUAUUCAAACUGGUCGAGCUAUCCUCAGCUCUACGUGAAAGGAGAACUUCUAGGUGGGUCAGACAUUGUCUUGGAGAUGCAAAAGAGCGGCGAGCUGAAAAAGGUUUUGUCCGAGAAAGGAGUCGUUGGGAAACAGUCUUGAAGAUAGGUUGAAGUUACAUAGAGUUAAGAUUCGGAGAAAUCUAAAAUGUGUUGACAAAAUGAAUAUGAAUGAAGUUCUGAGAGGGGAUUAAACACGAGACAGCUCAAAUUUCUUAUCAAUAAUUUACAAUUUUACAUUUCUUACAUAUAUAACUAACAAUAUUGUUUUGUCUAUUUAAAUGAUAAAAAAAUUGAACGAAAGUAUUCAGUUUUUAACUUUGUAGGAAGAAAGCACUAAUAAACCGAAUUAUUUUUAACUGGGGAACCAAAUGUUCACCUUUACCGAAAAUAACAGUUCUGACCCAAAAUAAAAUGGAACUUUUAUUUAAUUUGAUUUGUUAAACCCUAAACCCUUUUUGUGUUUGUUUUGUUGUUUCCUCCAUCGCUCCUGAGCCGCUUUUCUCUCUCAAACUCUUUUCUCC